AUGGCACCACCAGCAGCAAAGCCAGCUGCACCACGACGCAGAAACAGAAAACGAAAGCGGAGGGCAGCGUCUACCUCGUCUUCAUCGUCGUCGUCUUCCUCAGAUUCAGAUUCUGAGGUUGAGACCAAAACCCCGCCAAAACCCAUCACCAAACCAACAAAACAGGCUGAAGCUUCGUCUUCGUCUUCGUCGUCGUCCUCAGAAUCUUCAAGUUCGUCUGAAUCAGACUCGGAUUCGUCCUCAGAUGAGAGUGUAGCACGAGGAAGACCGACAUCAACCAAAAAUGCCCAGCAGACGGCAACCAAAACACCUCGACAACCUUCAGCAUCUCCUCCUCCACCUUCCGCCACGAUACCCUCUUUCCUGAGCUCAGGAAAUCCAAAAGAAGAACAGGAGAUGAAGGAUAAAUUCCGAAAAUUCUGGCUCGCGACAGUCGCAGAUGGGUUCAAAGAUGAUUUAGAGGAAAUUCGCAAGGAACCCAACCUCGGAACGUCACGACUUGCACUUCUUAUUGACUCCUUAGCCUCAGGCGCCGAUGUAUUUGCCAACCAGAACCAGAACGGUACUAGCGAAAUGGACAUCGUUCUCAACUAAACGCUGCUGUAAACAUGUCAAAUGCGCCACGCACAUUUCUUCAUCCCCGUA